CUUCGCUUCGGUCACUCCGCUGUCCGCUUUGUGGGAAUUCCAAUUUAGUCAUCACAUCUGUAUCGUCCAUAUUAUCGUGCCGUUUAUUUUGAUAACUGCUUCUGCGAUCGAUCUGUGAUACCACAUAGUACCGAGACCAGGCUAAAGACAAACCAAAUACCCACUGACGACGUCUUAAGAAAGGAUUAAGCUUGCGUAACAAAAAUGUUUCAACUAUCAGUUAUCUGCUUCUUUGUGGGAUUUUUGGCGAAAUCAUCGGCGGGCCAGUUCUAUUUCCCCAAUGAGGCGGCUCAGGUGCCAAACUAUGGGCGCUGCGUCACGCCCAACCGGGAGCGGGCACUGUGCAUCCACCUGGAGGAUUGUAAAUACCUUUAUGGCAUUUUGACGACCAGCCCCCUCAGAGACACAGACCGCCUGUACCUUAGCCGCAGCCAGUGCGGCUAUACGAAUGGUAAAGUGCUGAUUUGCUGCCCGGAUCGCUAUAGGGACAGCUCACCGGUCACAGCAAUGCCGACUAGGCCCAAUAUCACCAGCACCAGCCUUCUCCCGCUGCCCGGUCAGUGCGGUAAUAUACUCUCGAACCGGAUUUACGGUGGCGUAAAGACCAAGAUUGACGAGUUCCCUUGGAUGGCUCUGAUCGAGUACACGAAAGCUGAGGGGAAGAAAGGUCAUCACUGCGGCGGCUCCUUGAUCAGCACCCGGUACGUGGUGACCGCCUCUCAUUGUGUCAAUGGAAAAUCACUGCCCACCGAUUGGCGGCUGACGGGAGUACGUCUUGGAGAAUGGGACACCUCCACUGAUCCAGACUGCGAGGUGGAUGUGCGUGGCAUGAAAGACUGCGCGCCCCCGCAUCUGGAUGUGCCCGUGGAACGCACUGUGCCACAUCCCGCCUACAUUCCAGGCUCCAAGAACCAAGUCAACGAUAUCGCACUAUUGCGUCUCGGCAAACAGAUUGAAUACACCGACUUUGUUCGUCCGAUCUGCCUGCCACUGGAUGCGAACCUGCGAGCAGCUACAUUUGAUGGUAUCACCAUGGACGUUGCUGGCUGGGGCAAGACAGAGCAGCAGUCUGCCAGCCCCUUAAAGCUCAAAGCGGCGGUCGAGGGCUUUCGCUUGGAUGAGUGCCAGGGCGUCUACAGUGGCCAGCAGAUUCUACUGGAGGAGACUCAGAUGUGCGCAGGCGGAAAGGAGGGCGUUGACUCCUGUCGCGGAGACUCCGGUGGCCCGCUUAUUGGGCUGGACACUAACAAGGUGAACACGUACUACUUUUUAGCAGGCGUUGUCUCCUUUGGACCAACACCAUGCGGCUUGGCCGGUUGGCCGGGUGUCUACACUCUAGUGGGCAAGUAUGUUGACUGGAUCCAGAACACUAUCGAACCUUGAGUGUAGUGAGGAUUGUAAAUUGAGUUUUUAUUGUAAAUAAAUUGGACCUACAAAUCUGUUUUUCAAUUA